AUGGCCGCGCCAUUGCUGCAGGACAGAAAUCUCGCAGAGACGUAUGAGUUCACCGACCCGGCGGAGAUGCCUUAUUGCUGCGACAUCCUGCAGCUGCGUCAGAAGGAGAUGUGGCCCAACAAGCCGCUCGAGUACUCCGUGGUGGAGGGCGAUCGGACCUUUAACCGACACUUUGGAAUCUGGCAUCGAACGAGAGCAACAGGAGCAGCAGCAACACCAGGAACACUGACAGAUCUGCCAGGCAGGAGUCGCGGCAUGAAUAUCACGAAUGUUCAGCUGGAGCUGGUAUCGGUGCUGACAGUCACCGUGGAGCCUCAUGAGUCCCAGGCUCGCUUGCGGAUGUUUGCCACUGAUGGCCGCUUUCGGAAGCUCAGGCUGGGUACCAUGGUCGCCAAGUAUGUCUAUUCCUGCCUCGCGGCGGAGGGAAUGCGCCGUGUUUGGUGCAGCGCACGGGCUGAGAAGGUUCCCUACUACCAGCGCCACCUCAACCUCCGCGUGAUCAGCUCCAUCUUCGAGAAAGGUGGCCUGAAGUUUGUCUUCAUGGAGUCCUGGCUCAGGGAUCUCAAGGCCUCAAGCACCUUCUGUCGCAUUCUUAAGCAGGUUGACGGAGAAACUUCCAGGGUCUGUGUUUACGCCAAGCUCUGA